AUGCAGGGCUCUAGAGUCCUUGGAGCACAGUUGUCUCAAGCAGUGUACGUUUCAAAGAGAUCAUUUGAAAAAGAGCUCGAUAGUCUACCUACUACAGCAUUUCAAUACUAUUACCAUUCCAAGCUCAAGGAGUUGCGAAGUAGUUCGAAUGACUUCCACACAAGUGAUAUACUUAGCUGCGGGCAGCAUAAUAAUGCAUUCAGAAGGUUCAUAAGGAAGGAGUGGAAUUCACUAUCUACCACUAAAAAAAGGCUUUACUAUGCCUUUUUCUUCCAUUUCACUGGGGUCGAUCAUAAUUCUUUGAACAAGUACGAAUUGGCCAGAAUUCUUGAGAUUCAAACUCCAGCAAUAAGUGAUUACAUGUUGUUCAGAAACAAAUUCAAGUAUAAAUUCGAUAACGUUUGGUAUCAGGAGAGAGAGCAAAGAUCACGCAAGAGAAGAAUGGUUCUAAAACAUAACCCAAUUGGUUUCGGUCACACUAUUACUGUAUCCAGUAGGAUCAGCGUUCAUGGUGAGGAAUGUUCCAGUUUGACAGCGAGAUUUCAAAAGAUGUGUCGAGAAUGUCGACAUACAUGGAACCAAAAGAUAACUGAAGAACAAAAGCUUGAAAUUCGAAACAUAUGGGAAGAGCAAAAGCGACAAUUUGAUACCGUACUCGCCACCGAGAGAGAAGCUCUAGGCAACAAUUUAAACCGAUUAUCGAAAAUGAAUUUGGAUUCAAAGGUUCGAUCGCUUAAGGUUGAUCGAUAUACCACGCGCACAAUUGCAUCAAAUAUUGUGAUCCCAUACAAGAAAAAAUAA